AUGGCUACCUUUGCAGGCACCACACAAAAGUGCACGGCUUGCGAAAAGACGGUGUACUUGGUCGAUAGGUUGGCCGCCGAUUCCAGAGUUUACCACAAGGCUUGCUUCCGAUGCCACCAUUGCACGGGUACCCUCAAGCUGAGCAACUACUGUUCAUUUGAGGGGGUCCUAUACUGCAGACCUCACUAUGAUCAACUCUUCAAGCGAACUGGCAGCCUGGACAAGAGUUUUGAAGGGACACCGAAAAUUUUGAAGCCGGAGAAACCUUCUAGUGAUAAAGAGAAUGGCAACUCAGUCUCAAACUUGUUUGCUGGUACCAGAGAAAAAUGUGUGGGCUGUCAGAAGACCGUUUAUCCAAUUGAGAAGGUUUCGGUCAAUGGGACCCCAUACCACAAGAGCUGCUUCAAAUGCACACAUGGAGGUUGCACCAUAAGCCCAUCUAAUUAUAUUGCACAUGAAGGCAAGCUUUACUGCAAACACCACCACAUCCAACUCUUCAAGGAAAAAGGAAAUUACAGCCAGCUUGAGAAUGAAGGCGAAAAGCAUUCCAUGACUGAGCAAGUCACUGCUAUGGAGAUUGCUGCUGAAUCAUAA